AUGUUGCUCACCAAGCAAGCAUUAGCCGCUGCGUUUUUGCAGGCUCUCGGUGUCAUUGCGGUGCCCCUCGAUUCAACAGCAGUUCUCAAGCCUGCAACACCAGCUCGCGCAGCCGCGCCCCCGGCGACGUUCACGGCAAAUGCAAAUAUUGGUCCUGGAGGAAGCACUUACACGGACUCACCGCAUUUCCGUGUCUAUGGAGCUACCGGAACAACUGCCACCAAUGCGCUGAACAUGCUCGAAGCUGCCUACAGCUGCUUUGUCGACACCCUUGCCUGGCGUUCCUCAGGGCUCUCUUACAACGAUGCCACUGACGCUGGACCGUGGACCAAAGUGAAUGUGUACUCUGUCUCAACCCUGACAGGUGCAGCCGGCGUCAUGCAUUCUGAUUAUAACACCGGUAUGAGCUGGCUUGAGGUCGUGAACAACUACCUAGCAGUGCCUGGAGUCACCGUCCACGAGUACGGCCAUGGAUUGACUUACCACGAGAAGAAUUGGGUGGAUCAAGGACGGACAGGUGCUUGGUGGGAGACUGUUGCCAACUGGGUUGCAGACACUUAUAAGACUUCCCCUCUCUGUGCCAGCGCGAGAUCAAAAUACAGCCAGUCCACCAGCGCCACCGAGAUCAACCUGAACAAAGUCAUCGGAGAUUCCUUCCAAGUUCUAGUAGACGGAACUGCUGGCUCCGGAAACUACUAUGAGGCAUGGCCAUUCCUCAGCUACCUGACUUACAACCUUGACAACUUCGCCGGACUCGGCACAAACACGAUUCGCGAAUCAUUCCGACAAUACAGCAAGGGAAGUAACGAGACCCCCCUCCACACCUUUGCUCGGCUUUCCACCGGUGCCACCAUUCAAAAGGUCGUCGGUCGCUACUGGGCGCGCAUGGCAUACGUUGAUAUUGGCCACCCAACGGCGCAGUCCGUGUUCCUCAGCCAGCGCGGACAAAUCAAUUAUUCCAACCUCGACAGCCAAGGAAACGGCGUGUACAAAGUCAAGGCAGCCCGCCAGCCUCGUUACAUGGGCGCAAACAUCAUCCCACUCAAGAAGUCCGGCACCGUCACUGUCACAGCUAAGAUUACCACCAGCGGUACAUACACCGCGACCCUCGCUGUGCGCAACACCAGCUCCGGUGCGACGCGUUACAUCGAUUUUGCCAGCGGGUCGGCUUCGACUUCAGUCACAAGCUCCGAGGAGGCCUCUGUGGUUGUUGCCAACACCCCUGCUCUUAUUCAAUAUGACCCCUUCAACAUCGGCAGCGAUGUUAACGCGGGCCUGGACUACACUCUGACUCUGACUGGUGCCACGGCAUAG